ACCAUCCGAGGCUGUCUUUUUUGCCGUCCACGCUACAUCUGUCGGUGGUAAACGGAAUCAGCAGUGGAUUGGUGCAGUACAGUAGCUGUCUCGCUUCGUGGAGCGGCACUUCGUCAUUUUCGCAUCCGUGCGAAAUCCCGAACGAACGAGUGAGCGAGCCGCGUCGCCAUCUUUAGGAACGGUACUGACUGUCUUCACUGCUUUGGUUUUUCCAACUUUAAAAGUCUCGAUAAGUGUGCCCAGUGCCUCCAUACCGUGUACAUUGUUUCCUGUCGCGCGAAGAGACACAACGCACGGUCGUUCGCGAUGUUCGUUUAACACUUUCAUUUCAGUGUGGUGAGUGGCGUGUAUGUACAGAAGAGCAGACGACAGUUUCGCAAGCUGUCGGAGGGUUGAGAGUCGAUCGAACAGCGACAUUCUCUCCAGUCAGUGUGUUUUCAGUGUAUUGGUGAGUGCAUGAAAGGAGGCGGAUAAGAAAGACCGAGAGCACGGUAGUAGACGGCGAACGACGGGCUAGUACGAUUGACAGGGAAGAUGGCGCGAGGCGCGGACGAGAAUUAAUGCUGACCCAUUUUUCCGCGCGAAAUCGCUAGGUGUUGCUCGUAAGGGCGGCCUUAAGUGAAAAAAUAAGCCACCGUGUGUGCCCUGCUGAGUGUUAGUGGCCUGCUGGACGGUGUGACAUAGGGCCGGACGAUAGUAGGUCAUCGGUCGAAGGUGUGUACAGUGGGCAGAAAAAUUCUGAGGAGGCCGGAGCACGGCGGAGCCUCAGGCUCGGCUACGGUAAAGGAUAAAGGAAAACGAAGACGCAGUCUUCUGGAACUUCUCGAGCUGCGUAGAGCCCCGGCCGGCUCGGGCACCAGCGCGGCUGCUAAGAUGGGCAACAAUGCUGCGACCGCUAAUAAGAAGGUCGACGCCGCCGAGAGCGUGAAGGAGUUCCUCGACAAGGCGAAGAAGGAGUUCGAAGAUAAGUGGAAGAAAAAUCCAACCAACACUGCUGGUCUCGAUGAUUUCGAGCGGAUCAAGACUCUUGGCACCGGUUCAUUCGGUCGGGUCAUGAUCGUUCAACACAAACCGACUAAAGAGUAUUAUGCCAUGAAGAUCCUAGACAAACAGAAGGUGGUGAAACUGAAGCAGGUCGAGCACACAUUGAACGAGAAGAGGAUACUGCAGGCUAUCAGUUUCCCGUUUCUCGUUUCCCUACGGUUUCAUUUCAAGGACAACUCGUACCUGUACAUGGUCCUCGAAUAUGUACCGGGGGGUGAGAUGUUCAGCCACCUUAGGAAGGUCGGUCGUUUCUCAGAGCCCCACUCACGCUUCUAUGCGGCACAGAUCGUGCUGGCCUUCGAAUACCUACACUACCUCGACCUGAUCUAUAGGGACCUGAAGCCGGAGAAUCUGUUGAUCGAUUCGCAGGGUUACCUGAAGGUCACCGACUUCGGCUUCGCCAAAAGGGUGCAGGGCCGAACAUGGACCCUGUGCGGCACCCCCGAGUACCUAGCGCCCGAGAUAAUCCUCAGCAAAGGUUACAACAAGGCUGUCGAUUGGUGGGCGCUGGGUGUGCUGGUGUACGAGAUGGCGGCCGGUUAUCCGCCAUUUUUCGCCGACCAGCCGAUACAGAUCUACGAAAAGAUCGUGAACGGUAAACCUCGCUUUCCUUCACAUUUCGGCUCGGACUUAAAGGACUUGCUCCGUAACUUGCUGCAAGUCGACCUGACCAAAAGGUAUGGCAACCUGAAGGCUGGUGUGAACGACAUCAAGGGCCACAAGUGGUUCGCCAGUACCGAUUGGAUAGCAGUCUUCCAAAAGAAAAUCGAGGCCCCCUUCAUCCCGAAAUGCAAGGGGCCCGGAGAUACGAGCAACUUUGACGACUACGAGGAGGAGACCCUGAGGAUCUCCCUGACGGAGAAGUGUGCUAAGGAGUUCGCCGAAUUUUGAAGUUCCAAUGAUCCUACGAAGAUGAUGAUGAUCACACGUGUAACGCUUUGUAUUAAGCGCGAGAGAGAGAUGGACGAAGUAAGAUGGAAUUAUAAUCUGAGUAAGAGUAUGCUUGUGUGUGUGUAUUAGGGCACACAUGGCCAGGCGUAUACACACACGCAUACACUAACCAACACCACUUUUACAAGAGAAAAAUUCAAUUUUUUUUCAAUAUAUGUGUGUUCCCUAAAGAUGGCGCGUGUAAAGUUUAGCUUCGACCGGGAUUAUUUUGUACAUAAAUAGCCACCUAUGUGAAUGUUCUUCGGGCCCCUCAGCCUCUUUUUAGCACAGCCGAAAGAGAGGAGAUCAAAUUGUCUCAUGUCGUGCAUUGUUGUCUAUUUGUCGUACGAGCAUCUUCAUUUUGCUAGUCGUCACACGAUUAAUUUUCUUUUUUUCAUCAAACAAGAGAGACUGUGCGUGUGCGUGCGCGUGUGUGUGUGUGUGAGAGAGAGAGAGAGAGAGAGAGAGAGAGAGAGAGGGGAGAGAGAGAAAGAAUGAGAGAGAUCUUUAGAUAGUCGUUAGGUAAAAUCGCGUCCACCGUGCGCAAGUAGACAAAAGUGUCUUCACACAAAACAAACGACAUCUCACACGAUCUUUCAGAUUAUUUAAACGAAAGAAUGCUCUGUACCCGUUUUAGUGUACUACUCCCGACCGUUAUCGUUCUAUAAGUGUCAACGUGUAAAGGUACCUUUUUAUGGGCCACGCUGCUGUUGCUGUUGCUGUUGAUCCAGAUACUACAUAGAAACGAAAAGAAACUAUGAAAUGCUGUUAGUUAAAUGGCCGAACCGAAUCGCUGGUCCAUGGUAUCAUGGUGUAUACAUAUACAUAUACAUACAUAAAAUGGCAAAAUAUCUUGGCCAAUAGGACCAUUUUUUGGUACCUUAAUCUUAAGGGGAUACAUGAGUAUUUCAGAUUAUCUUUUUCUUUCUUGAAUACAUAUUUCCAUUUCUCGAAAUUUAACUAUACAGAAAUAUAACGUGUAUCUCGUUAACAAUGAUCGUAUAUGUAUGUACAUUCGAAUGAAAUUAGCAACGAUACCGUGAACAAGCUGUUAGUGAAUAUAUUAAAUGUUUAAACUAUAGUUUCAAAGCAAUAAUUAAAUGGCAAGGAAAGAUUAGGACACUCGACAUAGCGUUUCGAUGUUUCUUUUCGAUUCGUAAACAUUCUGAUUGCCCGUAAGGAAGUACCUAAAGAAAUAAUUCAAAUGAAUCUAUACAAUAUGGAUAUAGAUAUAAAUAUAAAUGACAAAAGAAAAUAAAUAAAGAAUUUAAAAAAUGCGGAUUCAAAGUCGCCGAAUUAGCCGAUAUUUGUUCGUUGCCAAUUCGGCUUCUUUGACGUCUACGAUCCGAGAUAAUACGGGUCAAUUGUAUAUGUAUAAAUAUUAUAUAGUAAAAUAAUUAUAUUAUAUUAUAAAAAUCGUGAACCGAGACGUGGAUAAAGUCUGUCUGUGAAUAAUAAUAUCAAGUAUGUAAACAAACAGAUGUGUUUUAGGCUAUUUGUAUUUAAACUAAUUUCAGCUGAUUGUUUACGUAUCCCCGGUACUUACGAGUGAUUAUACGAUAAAAUACAAAUAAAUUAAUUAAAUAGUUAUAAUAGAGUUUAA